AUGGCCGCUCCGGUCCCAAAUCCGGAGGUCGAGUAUGAGGAGGACACAUCUUUUCAUGCGAAUCAGGCCGACCUUGCGGCAAACCUUUUUUCCUUUUACAGAAAGCGAGCUUUUAAGCGUGCUGUGGCCAGGGCGACAGUACAUGGCACGACACACUAUCGAGGACAGACAUCUGAUUUACAUGCUCUCAUGGGACAGUAUCAGGCAGGUGCUACGCAGCACUCUGGGCGCGCUCCCAGGACCAAUGCUGCAAACACUGGUGCCUCAUCGCAGUUUUCGCUCUCCUGCAUAUCUUGGAAUUGUGGUGGUCUCAGCUCCCUAAAAGAUGAGCUGUUCACGUGGCUCGACGAGCACCCUUACGACAUCGUCUUUCUUCAAGAGACCUGGCACAGGCAACAGAUGGACUUUGACACACGUGGCUAUCAUUGCAUCGGGUCUGGAGUAGGCGCGGAUGUCAAGCGAGCCCAUGCAGGUGUCAUGACUUUGCUGCGUAAGUCUGUGUUCCCGCAAGAUUACAUUAGAUUUCAUGAUCCUGCUGCGGGACGCCUCCUUCAUGUCAGGGCAUGGUGUGCAGGGGGUUGGAUAGACACUGUCAAUGUGUAUCAAUAUGCACUUGGGCAACACGGUGACCAAGCUGAGAUCUUGCGGAAACGUGCUACAUUGUGGACCUCCCUUCGGCAGACAUACGGACAUGUACCGCAAGGCAGCACUCUUGUAUCUGCGGGUGACUACAACUGCAAUCUGACCACCUUGAAAUCUCACACAGGACAGGGCAUGCUUACACCGACGACGCCUUCACCGGAUAUGGAGGACAUCGUGGCGAUUGUGCAGGACUUCUCAUUGCUUGCUGUCAACACAUUCGGCAGGAAGAACAGCUACACUUACAUCCAUGAGGGGUGCAAGCCGGUGCGACGCUCCUUCAUUGACUACAUGUUUGUUAGGCAGAACAAGCACAGUGAUUACAAGUCUGGACUUCUGCGUGACUGGCAGGUUGCGCGCUGGCGCAAAGGUGGAAGGCAUCUCCCAGUAUGGUCACGAUUUUCUAUACGACGGUUCAGGACUCAGAAAUCACAGCAGAAGCUUGAAUGGCCUCGAUGGCGCUGCCGCCUUCUCUCACAGGCCAUCAAGGAGCAGCCACAGUUGGCCGAGCGCUACACAGAGCAGGUUGCCAUCGCGUUGCAAGCUGUUGAUAAGUAUGAGCCCAAGAAGUUGAACGCCCUGCUGCUGGAGGUCGGGAGAAAGGUCUUUCAUGUACAACGACCGCCCAGCUUGCCGCCGCCCUGGACUGGGGCGCAACACAUUGGCGGCAUCAAGGACAUGUGGCAACAUUAUCGACUCAUGCGCAGGUCCUUCGAGGAGGCCAAUCGUUCUCGUGUGGGGCGACUCCGUGCGAUGGUGCAGGCUUGGAAGCAUAGGGUUCGUUUCUUGAAAAUGCACCGCAUGGUUCACAACCACUCUCGACAACUACGCCGGACCAGGUUGGCACAGCUGCUUCAGGAGGCGGAUGCCCACACACGUUCAGGUUGCAGUCAGGCGCUCUUUGACCUCAUUCGGAGAGUGGCACCUAAACAAGCACGAAAACGAGCGCAACUGCGGUCCAAGGAAGGCAAACUGCUUACUCCGGCUGAUUUCAGGCGAUCGGUGAAUGGAGCACCAGGGACACUACUUCGAUCGGGUCAGGCUUCCAGCUACAAUGUGCUGCAGCAGGACAUUGAGAAAGCUCUGCGAGAUCUUCAGGCGAGCAAGGCCGCCCCGCCCCAUUGUGCCCCACAUGCCUUCUGGAAGCUAGCCUCUUCUCCAGUUUUCUCAGGCUGGCGAGAGGAUCACGCGUGGGUCCCAGAUGAUUGGUCGGCGGCAUGGCUGGUGUUCCUACAUAAAGUUGGCAAGGCCAAUGACGAUCCCGCAUCAUUACGGCCCAUCGCGCUGCUAGACCCCAUGGGCAAAGCAGUCAGCGGUGUUCUGAAGAGGCACCUCGAACCAUAUCUGUUGAAGGCAACCGCCAAACUGCCACUUUAUGGCUAUCUAGCGAACCGAUCCCCGCAACAGGCCCUCACGAUGGUCUAUGAGCACUGCGACAGCUGGUACGAACUACGAGCGGGACAGAAGCGGUCAUCGUGUGCAGGGGGACUCCAGGUCAGUGUGGAUUUGUCUCAAGCAUUCGACCGUGCAGACCGCAAACUUUUGGUGCGUGCCUUGCAAUUUCUUGCCGUGCCGGAUGACUUGACUGAUGUAAUUCUCAGGUGGACACAGAAUACGAUUUUUCACAUUGACAAGGCCGACGCGUCCGAGCAGUAUCAUUCUAGCACUGGCAUCCGCCAGGGAUGCAAGUUGUCACCUACAUUGUGGUGUUGUCUGUACACCUAUGUACUACAUGUUCUUGACCAACAGCUUGGUACGGAGUGGAGCUUAGAGCACCUGCUGGGAUUCGCGGAUGACACGCACCUGCGAUGGGAGUUUCAGGAUCGGGAUGGUCUACUCAAGGCACGCGUCGAGGGCGGAGGGAGUACAAGUCCCACACCGAUGCGCAAAAUCACACGCAAACGCCUGCAGCCCAAGGGCACGCUGCUGAUUCUCGAUGAGAGGUGGACGUUGCCGCGCAAGCGCGACCACAUCUACUUAGGAGCCGUGAUCUCAUAUGGCAACUACGAGAUGCUCAAUGCACAACAUCGCAGACAUGCAGGACAAGCGGCCUUUUCACGCAUGCGCACUACGCUCAUGUCGCAUCGUGCUCUCUCACUUGACAAGAGGCUGCAUCUGUGGCGUACCAAUGUCCUGCCGGCCACUCUGUAUUCCCUGUCUUCUUCAGGCUACACCAGAAAAUCCUUUGAUCUCAUCAGGGUCCUGAUGGUCAGGCAGAUUCGAGCCAUUGCCCGCAGUCCGAGACACCUCACUGAGGAGAGUGAUCUGCAUCUACUACAGCGCCUACGGCUGCCUCAAAAUCCUCAAAUACAUGAGAUGCUACUUCAGGUCCACAGUCGAGUCGUUGAGGCCACCACUUCUUUGCGUCAGAUCCUUAGUCCACAAGAUGUACGUCUCACACAGGAUAUCGUCCAGCGUGAGCGCCGGCUGCUUGAGGUUUUCAGGCAACUUGUUGCUACGGAUGCAAAGGCAGAUGGCACACAGAACAGGCUCUCUUGCGAACACUGCGGACAAUCCUUUGACAAUGAUGCUGCCCUGCGACAACACAAAGGUCGUAUGCACAGCAAGGACAGAAUGGAGGCGGCGCCCACGGUCUUCGACAGGCAACAACAUGGCACUGACGGCAUGCCGCGGUGCCGUGGAUGCGGGCAUCCCUUCGCUAGGUGGGCGGACCUUCAGAAGCACAUCAAAGAGAACCACUGCCAAGGCAAAAUCCAGGAGGAAGCGCCCACCCCUGAAGAGUGGCCCUCCGUUCUGCAACAGGCACGUGAUGGAGCGCUACAUGUGCAGUCGAUCACUCUGUCCAUGCUGACGGAAGAGCUUAGGCAGGAGCUGCUCUCACAUUGUGCAUGUUGUAGACAGUGGAUGCCCAACUCCAGAUACGUCAAGAUACACUGGGGUCGAGUGCACAAAGCUGAAUCCCAACAGUUUCAGGCUCGCACUCUUCAGUGGCGUCGUCUUUCUUUUGAGCCUAUCAAAAACACCUGCCCUUGGUGUCAGGGGCAAACUGCGGACCGCUCGGAUCAUCGGGACACUUGUCCGGUCCUCUUUCAGCUCAGCAUGGUUCGGGCCAUCAUCCUGAGCACUGUUGAGGCGGAAUCUCCAGCAGCUGAUGCAAUGACGCUAGACAUGACUCUUCCGGCGAAGGAUGCCAUACCGUCAUGGAACAUGGCGGAGAUUCAGGAGGUGUUCGGAGCCCUGGUUGCGGAGAGCGGGCUGCUGAUGGGCAUCGGAGCGGGCUCAAACAUGGGCAAGCGAAACUCGGAGAAUCCGCAGGGACCCCCAACGAGCCGACCAGCCAAAACGGGCCGCCUCAACAACGGCCAAAAGGGCGGGCGAGGCAAAGGAGGGCGACCGUGGCAUCAGCAGAGCAGACGAUUUGUUUCCGAGUCCAGCCACCAGCAGCAGCAGGAGGAGGUGAGCAUGGAGGACCUGUUGAGACUCCUGUCUUCGAUCAUCAUGCGACACGAAGACCAGUUGAAGAUUCUGAGGCAAUCAACGGGAUGGGUGUUGUUCGCCAAGACAGCAUCCCCGUCCAUUGUACCGGGGAUCAUCAAAGCCUCCCUGAAGUGGAAGGACGAAGUGGUCAAGCCGGACUGCAAGUUCGCACACGUGAGCUUGCGCGCAAUCCUCUUCUGGAAUCUGGUGGAGCAGAUGUUAGCAGUGCUACAGGGUCUUACGCAGGAAAUGAAGGACAAGGCUGUGGAAGAGGGGUGGAUGAACAGAGCGGGAGCAUGGGUGUUUCAGGAGUGGUCGCACGAGAAGCACUGCCUACAGGUCGACAGCACACGGGACCCAACGACGACGGAGGAUCUCCUCAACAUCCUGCGCGAGCUGAAGACGCUCGCGACCUCGGAGGUGAUCUCGGCGUUCUUUUCGAAUCGGCCGCUGACGGAACACAUGCAAGGGCACAUGGUAGUGUUCCAGCUGGAUGUGUCGUUCAGAAAGGAGGUGGCGCAUCGCUUCUACGUGUUGUUGGAAGCUCUUCAAGGACAGGCCGCCCUUCGACUGUGCGGUGUACAACUACGCAAAGAGGGCUUUCGGAGAUCGCCGGCGGUGCAGAAGCUGGCAGAGCUGCUUCGAUGA